AUGCUCGUCCAAAUACUGGGUAAAGUUUUAUUGAGUUGGUUGUCAGUUAUCCCUGGCUUCCAUGAAACUGUGAAACUAUUAGGACAAGCUUCGGGUUACGGGGUUCUUGUUGGAGUGGGGGGGUUGUUUGCCCUUGGGAUUGUCGUUGCGACAAAAUUGUCCUCCAGAUAUUUGAAUGAAAACUCUCAGUCCACCGAAAUGUUUAUGGUGGCCGGCAGGAGGGUCGGCGUGGGGUUGACUGCAAGUGCAGUGUACUCCAGCUGGACCUGGAGUACUGAGUUUCUCAUGGUCACCACCAUGGUGUUCAAUUACGGUGUAAUGGCCUCCUUCUGGUUUGGGGUGGGAUUGUGUUUCCAGAUCUGUCUUAUGUCCUUGUUGGGAAUUGAAGCCAAGAAGAAGAUCCCGGCCAGUCACACGUGUUUGGAAAUCGUGCAGUUAAGAUAUGGCAAGGCUUGUCACCUCUUGUACUUGUUCCUUUGUCUUGUGAACAACAUCUUAUCGUGUUCAUCGAUGAUUUUGGCCGCUGCCGGUGCCAUUUCAGUUAUCGCUGGUAACAUGCACAUUGUUGCCUGCACCAUGCUCAUUCCUUUCGGUGUGUUGUUGUACACCACCGUUGGGGGUCUCAAGUCCACUUUCUUGACCGAUUACGUUCAUUCAUUCGUGGUGUUAGUUGUCAUGUGUUAUGCCGCUACCUCGGUCUUGACAUCCCCAGAAAUCGGUGGCAUGGGUGGCUUGUACGAUAAGGUCAUAGCUCAUGACGCCGAUAGAUACGUUAAAGGAAACUUCCAGGGCUCUUUCAUGACUGGAAAGUCCCAGGGUGCCGUGUUCUUUGGGAUUAUUCUCAGUAUAGGCAACACGGGGCUCACGGUCAUGGAUUCUUCCUUCUGGCAGAAGAGCUUCAGUGCCGACCUCGAUGCUUCCGUUCCUGGCUACCUUCUUGCUGCAGGUACUAUCUUUGCCAAUGUAUGGCCAAUCGGCACCAUUAUCGGGUUAGCCGGAAUUGUCCUCGAAAGUACUUCAAUCUUCCCAACCUACCCAAGACUCAUGACUGCCCACGAAGUCAACAGUGGCUUUGUUCUCCCUUACACUUUGAAGGCUCUUUUGGGUGACCGUGCUCUUGGGGCUGUUUUGUUGGUUGUAUACCUUGCCGUCACCUCCACCACGAGUGCUCAAAUGAUUUCUGUCAGUAGUAUCAUCUCCUUUGACAUCUACAAGAAAUACAUUAAGCCAGAUGCCAACAAUAAGCACUUGAUUAACGUCUCGCACCUCGGGGUUGUGUUCUUUGGUCUCUUCUCUGCCGGGUUCUCUGUCAUGCUUCAUUACGUUGGUACAGAUAUGACCUGGAUGACCUAUUUCUACUCCAUGGUCAUUUGUCCUGGCGUUAUUCCCUUGGUUCUUGCGAUUACAUGGGACGGCCAGACCAGGUUGGCAUUCUUUGUCGCCCCUAUCGUUGGCAUGUUGGCUGGCAUUGCCGUCUGGUUGUCUACCGCAUACCACUAUUUUGGGGCGGUUACCAUUUUCACCACUGGCCAGCAACUUCCUUGUCUCUUUGGCGGGUUGACUUCUAUCAUUUUGCCGGGGAUUGCUAGUGUUGUCAUCAGUUUAACCAUCAACCCAUACAAAUUUGACUGGGAUGAGUUCAAAAAGGCUGAAAUUAUUGUCGUGGAUCCCGAAGAGUCUCUAGAAGAGAGUAGAUUUGUCCUGGAAACAGCCAGUAACGAAAAGAAUGAGCAAGUCGUUUAUACUGCUCUGGAUCCCGAAACCCCGGCAGGACACUCAUCCUUUGAGAAUAGCUUUGAAGGUGCUGAAACCAGCAAGCAGAAGAAACUCAAUUUCUACAUCAAGAUAUCUCGGUUCGCCGUGGUGUUUGUGUUUUUGUUGACUUGGGUUGUUUGGCCAAUGCCAUUGUACAGAGACUGGAUCUGGAGUAAAGCGUUCUUUAAGGGCUGGACUACGGUUUCCAUUUUUUGGCUCUAUCUCGCCUUUGUGAUCAUUGGAUUAUAUCCCUUGUAUGACGGGAGACACUCUCUUGCAAAAGUGGGUAGAGGCAUUUACCGUGAUUUUAUCGUGCGAGACGGUAAAUCACAAGCCUAAAGCUAGGGAUGGCUUCGUAUAGUUUCUAAAUACCCUGUUGGAAGUAGCUGGCGCUACAGAAUAUCUAUAACGGAUAUUAUUCAUUAGUUUAGUAAGGUUCAAUGCCCUUAGCUUAAAUGCUUCCUCCAAACUCAUCGAUACUUCUUAGCGGCCCUUGUAGUUCGAUCAAAGCUGCCUUAUGGUUCAAAUAAUACGCUCCUGGUACCAUCCUCUAAGGGGUUUAAAAAGGAUAAAAAAUUAACUCUAAUUGUAGUACAAUGGUGAUAUAAAGCACAUC